AUGCAGCAACGACGGUCGCUGCCGCCAAGCUCCUCGACCGGACGGCGAGGCCGCCAGCCGCAGACGCCCCGAUCCCACCCGCUGUGCACGUGGGAGGUUCUAGGCGUCGCGACUCUCUUGGUGUUGACCAUCGUCAACGUCUGCACCUACAGCGAACGUCGAGCCAAGUUUCAACUCGCUCAUGGGGGAGUCCUCCACACCUCCGACGACGACAACGGACUACCGGAACACAGCCUUCGCCCCCCCGCUCCACAGGGCAAAGUGUCGGAGCGUACGGGCGGAAGCGAGGGCGGGGCAGGGCCGGAUAUAUAUGUCGCCUCUGUUGGGCGGCCGGGCGGCAACGUUGACGCUAGCGGUACCAAGAGACCUGAUGCUGUUGGUGGUGCUGUUGGUGGUGGCGAUGGUCGUAGCGGAGGGGGUGCGGGCGAAGAGACCAUGGUCGGGAGCGGGGGCUGGAAGUGGACGAACAAGACCACGGGUCCGGUACGCCCCCUGUCCCCGCCGACGCCGCCAACGCCACCUACGCCAUCGCAACCACCAACCCCCCUGGGGCGAGACGCUCCGUUGCAGGUGGCAGUCCUGCGGCCAGCUAACGAGGCUGGUGGCGGAAGCAGCGGCACGGGAAUGAACAGCUGGCGGUGGCCUUCUGAUGUGGGUGCUGGCAGCGGCGGGAGUAUCGGUGGCGUUUCGGAGGCGGAGUCGGCCGUCGGCCACUUCCCUUGCUCAUUGACGGAAGCGGACGACGCCCCCGGCCCGGGGCACCGCGGUGGCGGCGGCGGCAGCAACGCCGCCGCCGCUCGCAAGCAGAGGUUGAAACCGUGGUCCACCAGCGGGCCGUGCGUGGUGUCCUGCUCUCCGCCCUCCUCCUCCUCCUCGACCGCUUCGGGCGCGAGACAACUGGUUGAGGCCCGGGGGCCGGAAGACCGGAUCGGGGGAGGGGGAGUGGCCGUGACACCGAUAGGCGGUGCCCCGGCGGGCGGUGGCGGCGGCGGCGGCCUCGAGCGCUGCGAGCGAGCUGCUCGCGCGUGCAACCUCUACCAGGAAUGCACGCACGUGAUGCUCCCUCUGGGGGGCGGCGGCGGAGACGGCCAUUCGAGCGGCAGCGGCAACCGCAGCGGUGACAAAAGAAACGGCGGCGGGUUCGCGGUCCUCAUGCACCGGGCGGCGAGGGACGGGUCGAUGGAUGGCGUCGAGGCGGCGGCGGCGGCGGCGGCGGCGGUGUCACACGCAGCGGGGGCUGGGAAUGGGUGGUCCGGUCCCAGAGGCGGGUUUACGCUGGACGCGAAGCCAAGGACGUACUACGUUGUGUCGUUCGGGGGUAGCGGGAGCAAGAUGCUCGGGGGUUGGCUGAGCGAGCGGGGCAAGGGGAUGGUGAAGGAGGUGUUCCACAUCCACGACCCAAGGCCGGGCGACAAGCUCUUCGCGAAGGUGGCGCGGAGAGGCGUGAGCGCCGGCGGCGGGGGGGGCAGGGGCAAGGACUUUCGGGGCUACGACUUUCCCGAGGGAGACUUUCCCUCCGAGGGGACGGCGGUGCACGAUGUGGACAACUACCGCGUGGUGCUGAUCUUUAAGGACCCCGCCGAGGCGCUUGUCAGCCGCUACUUCUACAACCACUGCAAGAACCUCAGGGGGGCACGGUGCGGGUCGACCCCGGCAGACUUCCCGAGUCUAGAGAGCUACGCCGAGGAGAGCGGAGACCGUCUGCACAUGGAGGCCUUCUACGACAACUACUGCAACCCCGCCACCGUAGCCGGCGCCGGCGCCGGCGCGAGCGGCGCAAUAAAAAAAGAGCGGCGCAACUACCCCGUGGUGUGCGUGAACUACCACAAGAUGUGGGACAACAAGGAGGCUCUGGUGAAAGCGCUGGGUCUUCCUGCGGGGGAGGCGUCGAAGCUGCCGACGAGGACCGAGACCGUGCGAAACGACCGAACCAGCGCCGAGAGGGGAGAGCCGUUCACCCUCGCCGUCAGGGAGCGGUUGCGCCGGAAGCACGCCUCCUUGUCCAAGAAGGUCUUCGAGUCGCCCGCCGUAGCGAUAGUCUAAGCAGAAGAAACCGGGACCUUGUUGCAUCUCUUAACGCAGCAGCGGCGGUUUGUGCCGCGAGCAGCUAUGGGUGGAGUGAUCGGACGCCGUGGUGUUUUUUCCGAUGGCGAGGUCGGAGGGAACCUUUGAAGAGGCGGCGUGAAAACACAAGGCCUUUGUCCUUUUCGCCGUCCCGAUACAUGGCUUUUGUAGUUGGCGAGUAUUUCGCUAUCGUGCGUUGUAGGUCUGGCUUGGGGGGGGUGCACGAGGGCAGAGGCGGUACUCAACACUGUAUGUAUCCGUUUUGUGAGCGACGUCACUGAGCCCUCUAAUUUUUGGAACGGCCUUGUUCUGUAGACAAGUGAUAAUAAGCAGUGCAGCAGUGAAAAGUGGUGUUGUCCUUUAAACUUCGAGGUAUUAUUCUAUGUUGGCUUCGUGUGGAUCUUCGUUGUUUCGAUUGUUCGAGAGAGGCCGGAUUUGCCGUUCUUUCUGUUGUUCGUAGACCAGUGCUCUCUCCUGCGUGUUCGAGGCGUCAUUUUGUCAGGGGCUGCGUUCAUAUGGCGCCGUGUACCCAGCCACAUGUACCUCCAGGUCUUUGUAACUGACAGCG